AUGGCAGCCUCGUCGUCGGUCGAGACCGUCCCCGGAAGCAUCGAGAUGGCCGACGCUGCGUACGCGUACACGGGAUACCUUGUGCUCUCGUUCGACGAUGAGACCGCGCCGUUGCAUGGCAGCGCCGUCCGCGUCCUCGACUGCCAGCUCGCGUUCGCCGACGACAAGAACUUUCUCAGCGAGCGCUUCUUCCUCUCGACGCCAUCCGGGCAGCUCGUGACGGCUACGACCAAGUCCGCGGCCGACCGCGACGCGUGGCUCCUUGCGCUCCAGCUCGUUCUUGAGAAGCGCCCGACGCCGCGUCCAGCAAUCGUCGAGACAUCGCUGUCACAACGCACAGCCAGCGCCGACGCGGUCCUCGCACGCUUCCGCGAGUGGCACAACCUACUCGCCCUGCAGGCCAACGACCCCUUCGGGCUCUUCAAGGAGACGCGCCAUUGGAGCCGGCUCGGGGCCAAGGACAAGGUUGCGUACCACGACUUGCAGGCGUACAUGGAUGGCGGUGACAUCGACGUCUGCAGCCUCGUCGCGGGGCUCUACACGUACACGACGUCGCCAAGUCGGACGUGGCGCAUCUCGGGAUGUACUGGCCGCAGAGUCGGCCUCGCUUGGCGUCGUUCCCGCGCCGCGCGACUCUGUCGCGGUCAUGGCGUCGCCGGCUGCGCGUGCCAGGUACUACGCUCUUCAUAGCUCAGCAAGCGUCUCAUGCGCUCUGUGCUGUCGAUGGUCCAUUCCAAGGAGAG